CAAGCAUUAUCUAAUUUAAUUAACCAAAGUUGUUUUAGACUAGAUGUUGGGUUAUCUUCUCCCUUUCACAAUUUCUCAUAGAAAGGAGAGAACUAAAAAAAUGAAUAAUCCAACUUCUUCUCUUGUUUUUUUAUUUUUCUUGUUAAUCUUUACUUGUCUAUGUGAAAUAACCGCAAAAGCGGAUGAAGCUGAUGCUAAGAUUUACAUUGUCUACUUGGGACACAAGCCACACGAUGACCAUGAACUUAUCACCUAUUCACAUCAUGACAUUUUAGGUCAAGUGGUUGGGAGUAAGGAAGAAGCCAAAAAACGGAUGAUAUAUAGCUAUAGACAUGGCUUUUCUGGGUUUGCUGCUAAGCUCACUAAUUCUCAAGCCAAACAAAUUGGAGAAUUACCUGAAGUGGUCCGAAUUAUACAAAACUCUCGUUACAAGACUCAUACGUCAAGGAGUUGGGAUUUUUGGGUCUUUCUAAAAAUGAUCCCAACAAUCUUCUCAACAAAACAAAUCAGGGUGAUGGAGUAAUAAUUGGCAUUUUAGAUUCAGGUAUAUGGGGAGACUCGGAAGCUUUUAAUGAUAAAGGGCUAGGUCCAAUUCCAUCUCGAUGGAAAGGUAAUUGCAAAUCUGAAGGAAAAUUCAAUGCCACAAAACAUUGUAACAAAAAAAUUAUUGGUGCACGUUGGUACAUAAAAGGGAUGAUGGAAGAAAAGGGACUAAACCAGACAAUGGUCGAAGAAUUAUAUGAUUUAUCACCAUUAGAUGACCACGGGCAUGGUACACAUGUUGCCUAUACAGCUGCUGGUUCUUAUGUUAACGAUGUUCAAUAUUAUGGUCUUAACAUGGGGACAGCACGAGGAGGAGCACCACUUGCGCGAUUGGCUAUUUAUAAGGUCUGUUGGACAGAUAAGGAAACUCAAUAUUGUGGUAGUGCUGAUGCUCUUGCUGGUAUUGAUGAUGCUAUAAAAGAUGGGGUUGACAUAUUGUCAGCAUCUAUUGGUGAUGAUUGUGUCUUGUCUGAAGUCGAUUUUUUUGAAAGUCUUUUGGGGAUAGGAUCUUUUCAUGCAGUAUCCCAUGGCAUAUCUUUUAUUGCUGCUGGAGGAAAUAGUGGACCUGAAUCAAGCACAAUCAGCAAUACUUCUCCAUGGAUGAUAAAUGUUGCGGCUAGCAAUGACGAUAGAGAAAUUGUUACUCCUUUAACACUUGGCAACAACAAGACUAUACUAGCCGCUCAAGGAAUUUUUAAAGGGAAGGAACAAGCCUUUGCUCCUUUGGUCAUUUUUGAAAAUAUAACAAAUUAUAAUGAAGUCAAAUCUAUUGCCAAUGAAGUGAAAGGAAAAGUUCUAAUGCUUUUCUUUCAAAACCAAAUUGAUAUAAUUUUUUCUUUGCUGACUCUAAAACUUACUGGGGUUUUGGCUCUGAUUGUUUCUACUCCCCCUCUUAACGAAAACAUUGACUAUAAUCAAACUCAUGGUGUCCCUAUACCCUUUUUUUCCGUUGAUGUGGAGCAAGGAAACCAAAUAUUUGAUUAUUUUCAACAAUGUAAAUCGAAUAAGCAAGAUCCUAUGAUUAAAUUGGGUCAAUCUGAAGUUUUUGAGGGGAAGAAGAUAUUUCUAAAAGUGCCUAAGUUCUCAUCAAGAGGCCCGAAUUCCUUUACUCCAGAAAUUUUGAAGGUAAAUAUAUAAUUAUACGCUGUUUUG